UGUGUUACGCCUCAGACCGAAACACUUGAAGCUUUGACUAAAGAAGCAACAAGCUACACUUUGAAAGAAAAAGAGGCGAAAUUGUUGUUCUAGGGAGUGCAUUGUACGAAUUAUUGUAAUAAGUGGGGGGAGUUGCCCCUCUGCUCAGUAAAAGUGUUGUGUUCGUAAAGUGCAGAGCUAAUUAUUAAGUUAUUCGUGCACUCACCGUUUAGAGUUCGCGCUUGUUUAUUGGCGAGGGAUGGCCGAGGUGCGGCCUAGCGCCGGCGCUGGAGCCCCGGGGCUGGCGACUAUAUUUCCCCCGGGUUUACAAGCAAUUUACGGGGAGUGCAGGCGACUGUACCCCGAGCAACCUAAUCCUCUGCAAGUUACAGCCAUCGUCAAAUACUGGUUAGGAGGACCAGAUCCUCUAGAUUACAUUAGCAUGUACAGGAAUCUGGGAGAUGCAUCGCUGAAUAUUCAGGAACACUGGCAUUACAUCAGCUUUGGACUGAGCGAUUUAUAUGGAGACAACAGAGUGCAUGAAUACACAGGUCAAGAUUCACCCAGUGGAUUUGGUUUUGAACUGACCUUUAGACUUAAACGAGAAGCAGGGGAGACUGCACCACCUACAUGGCCAGCGGAAUUAAUGCAAGGACUAGCAAGAUACGUCUUUCAGUCAGAAAACACUUUUUGCAGUGGUGAUCAUGUUUCAUGGCACAUUCCUUUAGAUAACAGUGAGUCUCGUAUCCAGCACAUGCUCCUGACAGAAGAUCCUCAGUUGCAACAAGUACAAACACCUUUUGGUAUAGUCAACUUUUUACAGAUUGUUGGUGUUUGCACUGAAGAGCUCCAAGCUGCUCAACAAUGGAAUGGCCAAGGCAUUUUAGAUUUGUUGCGCACUGUUGAUGUUGCGGGAGGUCCUUGGCUGAUUACAGAUAUGAGAAGAGGAGAAACUAUUUUUGAAAUUGAUCCUCAUUUGCAACAGGACAGAGUAGAUAAGGGUAUAGAGACUGAAGGCUCAAAUCUGAGUGGUGUCAGUGCAAAGUGUGCCUGGACUGAUCUUAGCAGGCCGCCUGAAGAUGAAGAAGACAGCCGGAGUAUAUGUAUUGGUGCGCAACCUCGACGCCUAUCGAACAAAGAUACUGAACAGAUAAGAGAAGCCCUGCGGAGAGGACUAGAGAUCAAUAAUAAGCCAGUUUUACCUCCAAUCAGUGGACAGAGGCAGAAUCAUGACCGACCUCAGAGUCGUAAAGGCAGUUUGGAAAGUGAAAGUUCUGCAGCAAUCAUUCCUCAUGAGCUUGUCCGCACCAGACAAAUAGAAAAUGUUCACCUAAAAUUCAACCAAGAGUCUGGCACUCUUAUUCCACUUUGCCUAAGGGGACGGCUCCUCCAUGGUAGACACUUCACCUUCAAAAGUAUUACUGGGGAUACAGCGAUUACAUUUGUUUCAAUGGGGGUGGAAGGUUCCUUUGCUACUGAAGAGCAUCCCUAUGCUGCUCAUGGCCCUUGGCUCCAGAUACUGCUAACUGAGGAGUUUGUAGAAAGAAUGCUUGAAGAUCUUGAUGACCUGACCACACAUGAAGAUGAUAAGCUCCCAAAGGAGUUUAGCUGGCCAGAAAAAAAGCUGAAAAUCUCCAUCCUUCCAGACUCUGUUUUUGACAGUCCCCUGCAGUAACAAAGGAGAGACCAUACAAUGUGCCAAAAGUCAUCACUAUGUAUACUCUAGCUGAACUGAACUACAAGUAAAAAUACAUAAAUAAAUGAACUAGUAAGAACCACUCUGAGAAAAGAAAAUGUAUAAAAGCUAUUCUGGUUUGCAGGUCAGAUCUUUGUAUUGCUCAAAACAAAGUUGCGUAUCUGUGUAAUGGAUUUUACUUUUCCUGAUAUUUUUUUGUAUCUGAUUGAAUAUACUGUACUCUGUUUUGAAAAGGAUAACAAAUCUAAGUACUCUGUCUCAAUGGCCAUCUGUGUUUUUUUAACUUGCACAUUAUUCGUUUUCUUAAAACACACUGAAGAUUAAUAAUGUAUCUCUAUUACAACUUAAAUAACAAGUUAACGUUCUGUUCCCACUAUUUGUAUUUUUUCAGUUGUUUUUAAUUGAUGCUUUUGAUCAUGCCAAAGACUUUGUAUUGGCAGAUAAGUUAUUCUUUAUUUGAAUUUAUUUAGUGUUUUUUUUUUUUUGUUUUUUUUUUCUUCAGAUUGGCUUUUCAAGACUUGUUUAGUGAUUUUAAUAAUAAUUUAUUUUCCUGUUUGAUAAUGUUGUGUACAGUAUAUCCGUAUAUAGAAAACAAGUUUGUAAUUUUAUGUUGCCCUGUCUUUAUUCAUAUAUCCAGCAAUUAAACGGACUUAUUGUUGAAUACAAAUACUAUAACUGCUGUUACAAGUAAGUGUCAUAUAUACUAAGUAUAUGCAUAUGCUGACGUUUGAAGGGAUCUGCAUUUUAUCCCAAAUAUAGUGCAUAUUUUACACUACCUUUAAAAACAUCUCUUCCAUUCCUUUUUUAUAAUUGUUUGUUUUUUUAUGUGUUUUUCUUUUCUUCCCCUCUUUCUUAAUACAUGUUAAUAGAGCAUGGAAGGAAGAGGUCCCUGCUUAAAUUAGCUGUAUUUCUUCAUUUUGGCAUUAAUAAAUGUAUUAUUUUUCUGUGUAGCAUUUCAUAUUAACAAAACAACCCAACCUCCACCUGCUGUGGAUAUUAUCUUAUUGCAUUGGAAUAAUGAGUAUUGUGUACAUUUCUAAAGGCAUUCUUUACUCAUUUUAAAGCUGUUCUAAAUCCCUGCCCACCACAAUACUUUUAGUCACCAGUUUUGACACUUAAGUUUCCUUACUGUUACCUGCUUUUUCCAGGAAACUACCUCAUGUUUCUGGGAAGAAGGCAGGGUAGGAGGCUGCACUGGAAAGAACUAUUACUGUAUGUACUCACUAAAUGUGUCACUAAAAAUGAAACUUGUUAGUUAACAAUAUAAAUAUUGACAACAAUGAAGCCAUACAUGACAGUAUAUUUAAAAGACAAUAAAAAGUGUAGUUAAAAUAUUGCUACUAUUGGCUUUGUAUUUGGUAGUUAAUUUCACAGCAUUAAAGACAGGAGUAAAAAUUACUGCAUUAAUAAUUUUUCUCACUGUUCUCAGUUUAAAGAUUACUUUUUUAAUAGCAUCUAAGCAUCAACAGAUUUAAGGUAUGCUGCCCUAUUCCAUCAGUCAUUUAUUCUCAGACUUGUUUAUUAUUACACAUUAAGGUUUUUUGUUUUUGUUUGUUUGUUUUUUAAUAUAAUGGUCUUCUAACUUGAGUUUCUCCCAUCUAUUUCCUCCCCUCCAAAUGCAUGUUGAUGGUGUUUAUACAUGUGAAAUUGAGGGGAUUUCCUCCUUUGAAAUAAAUUUAAAUUAGUGCAUAUUGUAGAAACCGCAUAUUUCAGUCGUUUUCAUACUGAAAUGUACAGUGGCAUGCAAAUGUUUUGGCACCUUUGCUUAAAAUGUUUGUUACUGUGAAUAAUUAAGUGAGCAGGAGAUGAACUUGAUCACCUAAAAGCUUAAAUUUAAAGAUGACACAUUUCUUUAAUAUUUUAAGAAAGAUUGCAUUUUUAUUUCCAUCAUUCACAGGUACAAAAUACCAACAAAAUGAAAAGGGCCUGAAGCAAAAAUUUUGGGCACUUGAUUUUGUCAGUAUAUAGUAACACUCCUUUUGUAGGCAUCAGAGCUUGUAAACGCUUCUUGUAGCCAGCUAAGAGUCUUUCUGCUCUUACUUGGUGGUAUUUUCACCCAUUCAUCCUUGCAAAUGGCUUCUAAUUGUGUAAGAUUCUUGGUCCAUAUUGCAUGCAUUGCUCUUUUGACAUCUAUCCACAAAAUUUCGGUGAUGUUUAGGUCAGGGGAAUGUAAGAGCCAUGGCAAAACAACAGCUUGCACCGCUUGAGGUAUUCCAUUGUAGAUUUUGAGGUAUGUUUCAGAUCAUCUUGUUGUAGGGCUCAUCCUCUUUUUACCUUUUUUACAGAUGGUGUGAUGUUGUCUUCCAGAAUUUACUGGUAUUUAAUUAUUUCCUCUACACAUGACAUGUUCCCUGUGCCACUGGCUGCAGCACAAGCCCAAAGUGUGAUUGAUCCACCCUCAUGUUUAAUAGUUGGAGAGGUGUUAUUCUAUUUUGACUUCAUCAGUCCAAAUGACUUUUUUCCAAAAUGUAUCAUGCUUGUUUAGAUGUUCAUUUGCAAAUUUCAUGUGCAGAAUUUUGUGGCUAGAGUGCAGCACAGGUUUUCUUCUGCUGAGUCUACCUUGAAGGUCGUAUUUGUUCAGGUGUUUCUGCACAGUAGAACAGUGCACCACCACUCCAGAGUCUGAUAAAUCUUCCUGAAGGUCUUUUGCAGUCAAAUAGGUGGAUUUUAUGUGCUUUUCUAGCAAUCCAUCAAACAUGAUCUGAAGAAACAGCUAUUUGAAAACACUUGCUGUCUUCUUGUAGCUUUCUCCUGUUUUGUGAUCAUCAUGUGCUAGGCAGUUGUUUAGAAGAACCCAUAGCUGUUGAUUGUUGGAAAAAGGUUUUAGGUGUCAGAAUUUAUACAGGUAUGCAUUUUGCAUCACCUCAGAUUUCCUAAGAAUGGCUGUGAACAAGCGCCCCAAGUAGCAAGUGAAAGUCUGAGACCUCAAAUAUCUUGCGGUGCUCAAACUUUUCAUGAUGCUUUUUUUUUUUUUCUUCAAUGUACAAUUUUACAAUACACUAACCUUGCAUAGAAUGCUGAAAAGAAAUUUGUCAUUUUUAUAGCUUUUGGUGAUCUGUUCGUCUUCUGCUCACUUAACUAUUCACAAUAACAGACAUGUAUCCAAAUCAAGAGAUGUACAUUUUGUUUAUUCAAGAGUGAAAAGAGAGAUGAAACUACUAGUUGACAUACCAUGUAUUUAAAUAUUGUAUAAUAUGGGCUGGAGCCAUCUCCAGGUAGCAUGCCUGCCUGGUGCCCAGUGAUUGUUGGCAUAGGCUCCAGCUGCCCCAUGACCCUGCCCUGGAUGAACAAGUUUAAAAAAAAAAAAAAAACUGAUGAGGAAUGUCAUAAAUAUUCCCAGUAUGCUCAGUACUUGUGGUAUGACCUUCUUAGAAAUCGAUUACACAAUUACAAAUCUGGUAGAAGGGUGACGGCAAAAUACUGGAUCUCCCAUUUUUGUGACACUUGGAUGCUAAAGCCCAAAGAACCCUUGAAAAGCAGUAGUAGUUGUGCCAAUACAUAAUGCGUUUAUAGACUCAAAUCAUGGAAGCCAUGUCUUCAUUGCUGUCUAGUGCAGACAUUUUAAAUUGUUUUGUUUUGAAAAUGAUCUUCAGUUAUAACAAGGAUUAAUUGAUAAAUUUAACUUAAAUAAUUUUAUCAUGGAAAAAAUAUGAGAAAAUGCUGCAUUCAUUGAACACAAAUAAUUUGGAAAUAUACAUUUAUAAUAUUUAAUUUAAUCAGAGAUUAUUUAACAAGUAAGAGAACAAAUAAUUGUUUAGUUCAGAUAAUCAUAAACACCCAGAUAUAAAUUAGAACACUAAAACUAGUUGUGGUUUACAUUUUAUAACAGUAUUUUGAACAUUCCAGAAGUUUGUCUAAUACGGAAAAUUAAAUAAAAAAAAUGUCAAUUUGAGCUGCUAAUUAGCAUUUUCAAGAUUAAUUUUAAACUAAGAAUUUUGAAAAAGUAGUCUUCAGUUUGUUGUGUUGCCUAGGCUGAAUAUAGACAGGUGACGUGUCUUAAUGGGGGUACACACAUUGACUUUUGUAGCAACAUGUUGGUUCACUUUUGACUGGCACAUAAACUGACCCUCUCAACUUGUGCCUUACAGAUUUGUGCAUAAUUUUUAUGUAAGAGUUUAUAUGGCUAUUGUUUUAAUAAAAAAUCUGUAUAUAACAUUUUACCUUUCAUGUGCUCUUUAAACAUUUUAAUGAAGAAUUCAUAUUAAAUUAAUUGUGAAGUUUGAAAAUUCUUUUAAGUGUGCAGUGUUAAGGAAAUGGUAUUCCAUUUCUUCAGUUCUUUGUUUGACCCACUUACUGUAUUUAUAAUAAAAUUGCCUUUUGUUGUAGUUUAUAAUUUUAAGCUUUAUUAGAUCAAAUUUGGAAGUCAGGUAUU